CCUGAAUCAAAGAAGCUUUCCAAUAAAAGCUAGAGGAGCCUCACAACUUCUCAAGCUGCAUCCAUUUUUCGUUCCAUUACAACCUGUUGUCCGGUUUCAGCAUAUAAUUUUCACCAUGCAAGAACCCAAGAGGCAUUCUCAUUUUCGCCCCAAAAGAAGAGGCAAUAAUAAGCAUGGGAAAGAUUCCCAAAACCUAGGUCAAGGUCACAUCUCAAAUCAUCCGCGGCAACCCGCAUCUAAAUACUCUUCAUUGUCAAACAACGGUGAUGGAGUUACUGGUUCUUAUGUGCCUUCAACCUCAGAAACGACCCAGGAUGCUACACCAAGGGUCUCUACGCCCACAGAUACCCCGACUUUUGCAUCACUCGCAGAGGAUAAUCUGGUUCAUCCCAUAUUACUAAAAACAAUAAGGGAGGAUUUGAAAUUUGAACACAUGACGCCGGUGCAAGCAGCAACAAUCUACCCGCUUCUAAAAGAGGGAUGCGAUAUGUUAGCGCAAGCAAAGACCGGCACAGGAAAAACCAUCGCCUUUCUACUACCAGCCAUUCAAAGAAUAAUGAAUAUCCCGAGCGGACGGCGCAACGGCAUUUCACUACUUGUUAUUGCACCAACCAGAGAGUUGGCGGUACAGAUUGCGGAUGAGGCGCAUGCUCUGCUUCAGCGCCAAAAGCAGUAUAAGGUCCGUACGGCUAUCGGUGGUACGAACAAGAGCACGGAGGGGCAACUCAUCCUAGAGGGCUGUGAUAUCUUAGUCGGCACUCCCGGUCGGCUAGUAGAUUAUCUGAGCGGAGAGCCCAGCGGUAUUGUUAAAAAACUGCAGUAUCUCGACACGCUAGUGUUAGACGAGGCCGACAGGCUCUUAGACAUGGGCUUUUUGGACUCUUUAAAGGAAAUCAUCAAAUGCCUACCCGACAGAAAUGUCCGGAAGAGGCAGUCCAUGCUCUUUUCAGCAACUCUCCCUGAAUACGUCCACAAAGUUUCAAACCUGGUUCUAUCCAAAGACUACAAAUCCAUAUCUACUAUCAAAGAAGGCGAGCUCAACACACACGAGCGUAUCCCUCAACACCUCAUCGUCGUCCCUACUUUCUCUGAUAUGGCAGCUGGAUUACUUGGGGCACUACGACAAGAACUUGCGGUUGUCGGUCCUGAAGCCUUCAAGGCUAUAAUUUUUGUGCCAACCGCACGGCUGGUAGACUUCUACGUGCAUGUCCUGCAGGAAGCAUCUAGUCUACCAUCGGUUGUAUCCCUGCAUUCCCGAAUGACGCAGAGCAAGAGAACAAAGGUCACCGAAGAGUUCCGCCGAGCUCGGAGUGGUAUUAUGGUAGCAACGGAUAUUAUCGCCCGUGGUAUGGAUUUCCCCUCGGUGACAAACGUCUUCCAAGCAGGUAUCCCUUCCGAUAAGGAAUCGUAUAUCCAUCGACUUGGACGAACUGGUCGUGCAGGCGCUGAAGGAAAGGGUACCUUCAUUAUCACGUUUCACGAGGCUUCAUUUGCAAAAACUACACUACGUGGCAUUACUUUCGUGGAAGCGCCUGCGGACUUAAGCGCCCGCCAGGAGGUAUCGAACAUUGCCGCGAAACUCGACCCGGAUACACAGGGGAAAGCAUACCAAGGCUGGCUUGGUUAUUACAAGAGUUACAUCAAACCAUUGAGAUGGGAUCCUGCCCGACUAGUUCGUGAAGCAAACGAAUUCGCCCUGAACGGCCUCGGGGCAGCCGAGAUUCCGCCGUUGCAAAAGAGCACGAUCGGUAAAAUGGGUUUGAAAGGCGUUCCAGGGCUUGUGGUCGAUCUUACCCCCCGAACCCAAAUGCUUUGAAGCAUGAAUGGAAUGGCGGAGUCUUACAGUCAUCAGACUUUUAGGUACUAAGGCAACAAGGUACCUUAUGAUACCAAAGCGGACGUGAAGUAUCAUAGACCUUCAGGGUUCAAAAUUGAACCAGCUAUUAUGUUUGCAACCCUCGAGAGGCUUAGUAAGUCCUACGGUCUAUCUGGAGCAUUUAAAAUAACAUGUGCUUACCACCUUACAGGGACAGGAGAUGAACUCUGUUCUUGGCUAGCUUAAAUAGCAUUUAACGCCACUCUUAUCCUGUAA